AUGUACGGUAUAUUUGCAAGUUUUCGGCGAGGAUCGCAGUUGGAGAAUAUUACUCUUCAUGCAAGAGAUCUUUCAUCCAAAAUAUCUCCAUCUAUUGCUAGAAUUCUGAAAGAUGCCAAAAGAACUAAUAAUGGCAGAAAGCAUCCAAAGAUUAGCACUCUUCAGUUAGCUAGAACAAAGAGAAAAUUUAUACAACAAGGUAAGGAAUGGCCUCAAGAACCCUUGCCUCCACUUAAUUUAAAGCCUUAUCGCAAAGGUCACAAAUGGGAGGAAGCUAAAGCUGCAAGAAAAGUGACUAUAGCUGAAAACAUGGCUAAAAUGCCACAAAUGAUUGCAGAAUACCGCGAACAGGUCAGGGAGAGGAGAGAAAAAUAUAGAAACAGAAAAGAUGCUGCUAAGAAAGAUCCGAAUCAACCCGAAUAUGUUCAAUAUUUGCUAGCAAAGGGUGUCAGAUUAGCAGAUAUCGCUGUUAAACUUGGUACCCAAAAUAAAAAAGCUAAGAUUUAA